AUGCUGUCGGGAGCGCGCCCAGGGCCCGAGGAACGCCAGUGCCAGCGUGGAGCACAGGUAGCAUGGGCUGAGCUGAACAAGGCCGUCGAGGAUGGGGCGCAACAUGAAGACGAGGCUCGGGUGUCGUACAGCUCGGCCACACCCGCGUACCAUCGGAACAUCUCGCGCACCGUACGGCUCUGUGCUCGAUCUUCGGGCUACGGCUACAGCUGGCAGGUUGCCACCACGAGCCGCCGCUCGUCAGUCUUCGGCUUGGGCAGCGGUGCAGAGGAGGAGGGCGCUGUGUUCAAGUACUACAGCAAAGUUGACAGCUUUAGGAUCGAGCAGGCGUACCAGCGGGGCGACUCCAAGGUCCGCCUGAAGGCGUACGUGCCAGACCGCCAGCCGCUCGAGGUCUUCUUCGCCGACAUGAUCGAGUACAAUCCGUCCGAGAGGACGCACAAGCAGGUGCGGCGCCGAGGGCGCCAGACCCUGGCGAUGCACCUGCAGCGGCGCGUCAGCGAGGUGCUGCGGCAGCUGGAGACGGGCAGGCCUCGGAGGGAGACCUGGGUUCAGUACGAGCAGCGCCGGUGCAGGGCCCUCGCGCGCGCGCAGGGCCUGUCGGCGCUCGGGCAGCGGGGGACCACCAGGACCGAGGGAUGGGCCGUGGAGACCCAGGUCUGGUCGCCAGAAGACGCCAGCUUUGGUGCCGUCUGCGCCCAGAUCGUGCAGAGCGGUUGGUUCACCUUGCUGUCGACGGUGGCCGUGGUGUUGAACGGGAUAUGGAUCGGGGUGGACACGGAUUGGAACACGUCAACGAGUCCUUACGCUGGCUCUGGGUAUGAGAUUUUUUUCAUAAUGGAUUGGGCAUUCCUGGUGGUGUUUUCGCUGGAGCUGGUCGUCCGAUGCCUGGCUUGCAAGAGAAAGGCCGACUGUUUGCGCAAUGCCUGGUUGCGCUUCGAUGUUGUAUUGGUGGCGAUGAUGUUCAUCGAGACGCUGCUGCCCCUGGUGGUCGUCCUGUUCAGCCCCGAGGGCAGCCGCGUGGACCUGAAAGGGCUGAGCAUCCUGCGGCUCCUGCGGCUCCUGCGCCUCUCGCGCAUCGCCAGGGCGCUGCGCGCCUUCCCCGAGGUCGUCACCAUUCUCAAGGGGAUCGCCGCCGCGACCCGGUCGGUGGUCGUCACGCUGCUCCUGGUAGUGGCGGUGACGUACGUGUUUGCCAUCUUCUUCAAGACGCAGUUGCAGGGCUACGACGAGAUCAGCGAGUUGUACUUCUCAUCCGUGGCCGAUUCGAUGUGGACCCUAAUAGUCCACGGCACCAUACUUGACAGCGUCGGCCCGGUCAUGAAUGCGAUGCAGUCCGUAGGUUGGGUGCUGCCGGCGGCAUUCCUGGUGUACGUGCUCAUAUCCUGCUUCACGCUCAUGAACAUGCUCGUGGGCAUUUUGUGCCAGGUCGUCUCGCAGGUCUCCGCGCACGAGAGGGCCGCGGCCGAGAGGAGCUACCUGGAGACCAACCUGCUCGAGAUCCUCGAGUGCUAUGACCGGCACGACAGGUCCCGGCUCGACCGCGACCAGCUGGAUCUGGUGUUCCGGAACCCCGAGGUGCACGACGUGUUGAACAAGUUCGGGACCGACGCGCAGGGCCUGGAGUUGCUCCUGGACGCCCAGCUCACGGGCCAGACGGACCUGGGUCUGCGGGACAUCUUGGACACCGCGCUAAGAUUGGGCGGUGGCAAGAGUGCUCACGUCAAGGACGACGUGGUGGAGCUGCGCGAGUACGUCCGCCUGCGCUGCGACGACCUCGAGAGGCGCCUGCUCACUGGCCGAAGUUCUCGGCGCUGCAGCUCCUGCAUCUCCGCGUCCGCCGUGCCGCCGACGUCCCCCCGAGGCGCCGCGGCGGCGGCCGCCGGCGCCCCCGCGGCGCGCGGCUCCUGGCACGGCGCGGCGGGCCAGAUGUCGCCGGCGGGCCGCCGGCUGUCGGCCCCCAGCCAGCUGUCGGUCGGGCGGUCGGUCUUCCGCCUCGCGACCACUGGUCACGGCAGCCCGCGGGCCUCCUCCCGGGCUGCUGCCUCCUCGGACCUGGAGGAGGUGCUGGAGAUGGUGGCGAGCAUCGCCAGCGAGCAGCAGAGGCUGUGCGAGGAGGUGGCAGAGAUGCAGGAGCAGGUGCGCGAGUUCAAGGCCCAGGCGGCCCCAGCGGGCCCCCCCGCGGGCUCCGCCGCGCCGCCGUAG